AUGAGAAAUCACACAGCAAUAACAACAUUCAUCUUGUUGGGACUUACAGAUGACCCACAGCUGCAAGUUGUCAUUUUUAUCUUUCUGUUUCUGACAUACUUUCUGAGCAUAACUGGAAACCUGACCAUUAUCAUCCUUACCCUGACUGAUUCUCAUCUUAAAACACCUAUGUAUUUUUUUCUCCGAAACUUUUCCUUCUUAGAAAUCUCAUUCACAUCAGUCUGUAUCCCAAGAUUCCUUUACAGUAUAUCAACCAAGGACAACACCAUAACUUACAAUGCUUGUGCCAGUCAAAUAUUUUUUAUUGGACUCUUUGGGGCUACAGAGUUUUUUCUCCUGGCUGCCAUGUCCUAUGACCGCUAUGUGGCCAUCUGCAAACCCCUUCAGUACAUGACCAUCAUGAGUCACAGAGUCUGCACCACCCUUGUCCUCUGCUGCUGGAUCUCUGGGUUGAUGAUCAUCAUCAUUCCACUCGGUAUGGGCCUCCAGCUGGAAUUCUGUGACUCCAACGCCAUUGAUCAUUUUGGCUGUGAUGCAUCUCCUCUUUUUAAGAUUUCAUGCUCAGAUACAUGGUUCAUAGAACAAGUGGUUAUAAUCUGUGCAGUACUGACAUUCAUUAUCACACUAAUAAGUGUAAUUCUUUCUUACAUAUACAUCAUCAAAACAAUUCUCAGAUUUCCCUCUGCUCAUCAAAGGAAAAAAGCUUUUUCCACUUGCUCUUCUCACAUGAUUGUUGUUUCUGUCACCUAUGGCAGCUGCAUUUUCAUCUACAUCAAGCCUUCAGCCAAAGAAGAGGUGGCCAUCAAUAAAGGGGUAUCUGUGCUCACUACAUCUGUUGCCCCUUUGUUAAAUCCCUUUAUUUAUACCUUAAGGAACAAGCAAGUGAAACAAGGUUUUAAUAAAACGAUCAAAAAACUUGCUUUUAUCUUACACAAGUAA